AACCUUCAGCCGGACGGAGACGGACAGAGCAAGCAGACGUCUCGACCUCUCGUGACCUGACAACUUCUGUGCAACGAAGCAAUUAUGGCUCUUAACAAGCUCAGCAUUGAUAAACUAGACCUCGAUGGCAAGAGGGUGUUUAUGAGAGUUGACUUCAAUGUCCCACAGAAGGACGGAAAGAUCACGAACAACCAACGCAUUGUUGCUGCGCUUGACACCAUCAAGUGCCUGGACAAGAAUGCUAAGAGUGUGGUCCUGUGCUCUCACCUUGGCCGACCUGAUGGUAACAAGAACAUGAAGUUCACUCUGGCUCCUGUGGCCGAGGAACUGAAGAAGCUUCUAGGCCGAGAUGUCACUUUCCUCCCCGACUGCGUUGGUGCCGAGGUCGAAGCUGCUUGUGCUGAUCCCGCUGCCGGCUCUGUCAUCCUCCUUGAGAACCUUAGAUUCCACGUCGAGGAGGAGGGCAAGGGUGUUGAUGCAUCCGGUGCUAAGGUUAAGGCUGACCCUGCCAAAGUGGCAGAAUUCCGUACCUCUUUGCGGAAACUUGGAGAUGUGUAUGUGAAUGAUGCCUUCGGAACUGCCCACCGUGCACACUCCUCCAUGGUUGGGGAGGGCUUUGACAAGCGAGCCUCCGGUUUCUUGCUCAAGAAAGAACUUACAUAUUUUGCCAAGGCCCUGGAAAGCCCAGAGAGGCCCUUCCUUGCUAUCCUGGGUGGAGCCAAGGUCAAGGAUAAGAUCCAGCUGAUUGAGAACAUGUUGGACCGCGUGAAUGAGAUGAUGAUUGUCGGUGGCAUGGCCUUCACAUUCCUCAAGAUCACUAAGAACAUGGAGAUUGGAACCUCUCUGUACGAUGAGGAAGGAGCUAAGAUUGUGGAAAAACUGAUUGCAAAGGCUCAGGAGAAGAAUGUCAAAUUGCACUUCCCUGUUGACUUUGUGACAGCUGACAAAUUUGAUGAAAAUGCAAAUGUUGGUGCAGCAACAGCAGCCGAAGGUAUUCCAGCAGGGUGGAUGGGACUCGACUGUGGUCCAGAGUCUAUCAAGAUCUUCAAGGAGGCUGUGUCUGGGGCUAAGACUAUUGUCUGGAAUGGACCCUGUGGUGUGUUUGAAUUUGAUAAGUUUGCCAAUGGCACCAAGGCUGUCAUGGAUAUGGUGGUAGAUGUGACCAAGGCAGGAUCCACAACCAUUAUUGGUGGUGGUGACACAGCCACUUGCUGUGCAAAGUGGGGAACUGAGGACAAAGUGUCCCAUGUGUCUACCGGCGGUGGUGCCUCUCUCGAGCUCCUGGAAGGAAAGACUCUGCCUGGAGUGGCAGCACUCACAGAUGCUUAAGAAUUGUUGACGGAGUCUUGUAUCAAAUGAUAAUUGUUUACUUUUAAGUCAUAGACUGGAAAACCACUGGAAAAUAAGUUCUGCAUUUAAUUUGACAUCAGAAAAGUCAGAUUACAUAUAUGUAUAAAACACUUCCAUUUCUUAGGGACUGAAAUGUAAAUUGUGUGGAAUGUAUAGUGUAAGUCUGUUGUAUUACUGUGAUGACGUUUUCUAAAUCUAAAGAUAUUUAUUUCUAGUCUCAGUUGAAAUACAGUAUUACAUGUUUUCAGUCAUUGUUUUUGUGAAGAAUUGUCAACUGUAGUCCAGUUCCUGUAAUACAUAUACUAUGUAUACAUGUACCUUAACCUUUUACACUUAUUUAAAAAGAUUGAUUUUUUAAUAAAAAAUGAACUGAAACAUUGAGUUAAAAGUAAUUCAUAGAACUUAAAUUAUGUCUCGGUAUAUAUAUUUUGACCAUUAUAAUUUUCAAGACAAAAUAAAUGAUAAGGUACUC